AUGGCUCAUAAUAGUUCAACCUACUGCGGAAAAUGUUUGAAAACUUGUAUUUCUUUGUGAAAAUAAUGAAAAAAAUGGAAUGAAAGAAGAAAUGAAGCAAUCUAGCCGAACAAAGUCCCAAACAGGAGAGAAAUCCCAAUCAAGGCUUGGAAAGCUCAACGCGGCAGGCCACAAACUCAAUUGGAUUACACAGGAUAUUUGCCUGGCGAGGCAGCGAGGCUCUGCCCGUUCCGCUGCCGACGGAGGCAAGGGCCGAGCAAGGGCCGGCCCGAGCGGCUCUUCCGGCCUUUCUGCUUCUUCUCCAAUAG